UCAUCGUCGAUUCUUUUAGAACUGAUCCUACCCAGGUAUCAAAGAUUCAUCCUUUUCUUUUCUUUUCAAAUAAUCAUGAAUUCAAUCGAUCUUCCAUAAAAGCACAAAUAGGAAAAUAGGGUCAAACAGAUCCUUCUCAUCUCCUCCACCAACACAGAUAGAAGAUAUCUGUGUUUGAUGGAAGAAGAAGGAAUGAAAACCGAUGAUCCGAAAACCGAUUCCCCAUCAAAAUCAAACCCAAAACUUACUCUCCUACCCUUAAUCGCCUUAAUCUUCUACGAAGUAUCCGGCGGUCCAUUCGGUGUGGAAGAUUCCGUCAAAGCCGGCGGCGGCCCUCUUCUAGCCCUACUCGGAUUCUUAAUCUUCCCCUUAAUUUGGAGUAUCCCAGAAGCAUUAGUAACAGCUGAACUCGCAACAAGUUUCCCUGAAAACGGCGGUUAUGUGGUUUGGAUCUCAUCAGCUUUCGGACCCUUUUGGGGUUUCCAAGAAGGUUUCUGGAAAUGGUUCAGUGGAGUAAUGGAUAACGCCCUUUACCCUGUUCUAUUUCUCGAUUACUUAAAACAUUCAUUCCCAAUUCUAGAUCAAACCCACGCUAGAAUCCCCUCUCUUCUUAUCAUUACAUUUUUAUUAACCUAUCUCAAUUACAGAGGUCUUCAUGUUGUUGGGAUUUCAGCUGUUCUUUUAGCAGCUUUCUCUUUAAGUCCUUUUCUGAUAAUGGGUUUCCUCUCGAUUCCUAAGAUUCAGCCGAGAAGAUGGCUGGUUUUGGAUCGGAAAAAGGUGAAUUUGAGAGGUUAUUUCAAUAGUAUGUUUUGGAACUUGAAUUAUUGGGAUAAGGCUAGUACCCUUGCCGGUGAGAUUGAGAAUCCGAGUAAGAUUUUUCCCAGGGCUUUGUUUGGUGCAGUGACGUUGGUUGUUUGUUCUUAUUUGUUGCCACUUCUUUCUGGUACCGGAGCUUUGUCGGCUGAUUCUGGUGAGUGGAGUGAUGGGUAUUUUGCAGAGGUUGGUUUGUUGAUCGGAGGUGGUUGGCUUAAAUGGUGGGUACAAGCUGCGGCGGCUAUGUCGAAUAUGGGUUUGUUUGAAGCUGAAAUGAGUAGUGAUGCUUUUCAGUUGUUGGGAAUGAGUGAGAUGGGGAUGCUUCCUUCUGUGUUUGCUUCAAGAUCGAAAUACGGGACACCAACAUUGAGCAUCAUUUGUUCUGCUACGGGCGUGAUCUUCCUAUCAUGGAUGAGUUUUCAAGAAAUCAUCGAGUUUCUUAACUUCCUAUACUCCAUUGGAAUGCUUCUAGAAUUCGCAGCAUUCCUAAAGUUAAGAAUAAGUAAACCCGAGCUUCAUAGACCUUACAAAGUCCCUUUGAAGACAAUUGGAGCUUUCCUUCUUUGUGUACCUCCUUCUUUCUUGCUCGUUCUAGUUAUGUGUUUGGCUUCCGCCAAGACUUUUGUUGUAAGCGGAGCUGUUGUCAUUGUGGGGAUGAUCAUGUACGCGAUUUUAACUAUCGCUAAGGAGAAGAAAUACGUUGAUUUCAUACCCGAGAAAGAGAUGAUCACAAGUUAUGCAUGUGUUGAAGAAACAAUGGAUGGGGAUUCGGUAGGGUUACUUUUGUCCGAAGAUCCAGUUGGAUCCUCAAGGAAGAGUGUUUUAUAGCUUAAAUUGAAAUGUUUCAAGAAAGAUUGUUGUUUUAUAGCUUAAAUUGAAAUGUAUCAUAUGUUCCAUACAAAGGUGUACAAACAAUGGUUUGGUUUCAUUAAUGAUGAACUUAAUUUUUUUUUUGU